CGAGGAUUCAGGCUUGACUUAAUACAUCUGAAGAUUUCACCUUCACAUUCAUUAUCAGAAGGAGCUUCAAUCUGUUCACCUAUUUACACAUUCAACAUGCUACAACGGGAGCUGAGUUUGAUUCCCUUGCUGGUGCUACUAUGCCAACAUGGUGUCAAAGCAGUGGAAAACAUCACCUGUGACGGUGAAAUAGCCACCCUCAGCUGUGAACAUGGAAUCAUUAACGUGAUUACAGCUAACUAUGGGCGUACAGACAGAACAACCUGCUCUGCUGGGAAAAAUUCUGUAGAGCUCUCAAAUGUUCAAUGCACCCAGGAUAAAUCCAUCAAUGUGGUGUCCAGCCAAUGUGAAGGAAAAGAUAACUGUUCCCUACCAGUGAACAUCACAGUUUUUGGUGAACCCUGUCCAGGAACUUUCAAAUACCUGAAAGUGUCUUACAUUUGUUUUCCAAAAAUAAAGGAACAUGUCACCUGUGAAGGAAAUACUGCCAGUUUCAACUGUGACCAGGGAAUCAUUAAAGUGCUUGCAUCCAAGUUUGGGAAUACAAACUCCACAAACUGCUCCGCUGGAAUAGAUCCUCCAGACUUCUCAAAUGUUAAUUGCACCCAGAACACAUCCAUCAGUCUGGUGGCCAAUCGAUGUGAUGGAAAUCAGAACUGUUCCAUUCUUGUGGAGAACAGCACUUUCGGUGAUGUCUGUCCAGGAUUUUACAAAUACCUUAAAGUGUCUUACGUUUGUUUAUAUCCAAAGGAACUCGUCCCCUGUUCAGAAAAGACCACCUCCCUCACCUGUGAUGAUUUUUACCCUGGAACUCUUAAAGUGCUUGCAGCCAAUUAUGGGUGUACAGCGAGCUCAACCUGGUCUGAUUUUGAAGACUAUGGAAUGAAGUAUUACAUUGAAAAAUGUGAUAGCAAGCUGAAGUGUUUCUUUGGUGAGGGGAACUCCAAAUACUGUUCAAAUAGGAAUGAAUGUCUGACUGUGUCGUACACCUGUGUCCCAGCAACAAAAAGUGUAACAUUUCAAAAUCGAAAUAGUACCAUUGGCUGUGAGGAGGAUCGUACAAUUUACAUUCACAAUGCAAAUUAUGGACUGAGAGAUGCCACAUCCUCCUUCUGCUACUCUCCUCAGUCCAAAACCCUGAAACUUUUGUGUAAUGGAAAGAAAACAUGUAACCUAUAUGCUUCAAGUUUACUUUUCCUUGAUUGGUGCCCUAACAUAUACAAAACAUUGGAGGUGUUAUACAGUUGUGUAAAAGGAUAUGACCAUCACCACGGCCACAACUAUGAUGACUAGGAAGGCAUCUUAGUAACACCACUGGCUCUGCCUCUUGAUUCUGCAAUGAAAAAACAUCAACACAUCUCUCUGACCUUUUAUUAGGAGUGGAGGAAAACUUCAGCUUCAUUUCUUAAUUUCUUCAUGUGAUUUUAUAAAUAAACUGAUGAUUUUAAUUAUUUAAUAUAUUUGACAAUAUGAAGUAAAGAUUUGAUAUUUUCACUAAUUAGUUUAUUAUUUUUUUCAACCAUCUUCUAGACAAUGUAGAAUCAUUCAAUUACUGAUAUGUAGAUUCUGAAAAUGUUGUAUGGUAAAAUUGUUGUAGGAUUUAGGCUGCUCAGUCUGAUAUCUGUAGAUGUUUGUAAGGACUAUUCGUCUUGUCAUGUGAUCCUAACAUGGCAGUGCCCAUGUGGGGACCCUCUCAAUGUAGAUUAAAAUAGUCUUCAUUUCAUGUUGGUGUUCAUGAUUUUGGACAUGUUUCAAAAUUACAAUUAAUUUCUUUAGGAGUAAAACAUUUUUUAAUCAGGAAUAAAUACUGAGAGCAUGGAGGAGUUCAGAGAGUCCAGAAGGUGAAGAAACCCCUGUUGUAAAACAUGCGUUGUCUGUUUAGAAAUCUCAUUUAAGGCUGCAUUGCUCCUCAGCAUCUGCGGGAUUCUCCAUGACAUCACAUACUGUCCCCCGGACAAUAAAGGUUUCUGUUUGUGUAGCAUUGAAGCUUCUGUCCUUUUGUAGUGUUAUUUGUGUACCUUAAUUAAAGCCAUUAAUCAUUUUGAUUUUAAUGAAUUCUGUACUUUUGUAUUGUUGUUUGAACACAGGAUAAUGUUAAUCCCAUUCAAAGACAGCAUAGUAAUAUUACAAUGUUGAAUUUGCAGGCCUACACCUGUUUUAAAACUUGUAAACUUGUAUAGUAUGUUCUAACUUCUCAUAAAUAAUUGUAACCACGUUGUAACCAUUACAUUCUUACAUAUUCAAAGUUACAUUUUAUAAUGCAUUACAACAUGACCAACAACAAAUUAUAUCUG